GUUGAUUGCGUUGCUAUGCAACGAGUCAACAAACAGACGCAGAGAUGUCAGGCUGCUACUCUGCUAACCAGUAUGACGGAGCCUUCAAGUCUCAGAGGCUGCAGAACUGGAGCGGGACCAAGACCUUCAAACAGAGACCCUCUGCUCAGCAGGGUUACAGCAGCUUCGUUGCAGAUGAUCGAGGACAUCUGCUGCCUGGAGUGUUGAAGAGGGGCAGUGCGUGGCCAGACUUUAAGGGGACCUGGGAUCUUCCAGCUCGUAUCCCGGCCCCCCACAUCAACCUGACAGGACGCUCUGAGGAGGGUCUCAGCAGGAUCCGGGCCUGGGGCCUAGACCCAUCAGAGACCAGCACCAGCACCAGAACCAGCACCAGGACCAGGACCAGGACCAGCAGCGUUCAGCUGCAGGACGCUGGCAGACAGACCGAUAUGGACCAGCAGCAGGACCAGGCUGCAGCUGGACCAGGACCUGAUGGACCUGAUGGACCUGAUGGACCUGAUAGACCUGAUAGACCUGCAGAAGGAGCUCCACCACCAUCAUCAUCCUCCAAACACCUAGAUGAAGAACCAGACCAGAGACAUUUAUGAAGUUCUUAGUGGCUGGAAGAAACAAACAGAAAUAAAUAAAUAAACAAACAGCUUCC